ACGCCGCCACGACGCAGCGCUCUCGACUCCGAAACGCGAUAACGCGACCGCGAAGUGCCGUGACACGAGGACGAGAUUCCUAUCGGAGGUCCUUCGGGCGAGUAUUCGUUUUCGUGCUCGCGAAGACUGGUAAACGGACGUUCUCUCAGGAAGAACGCGCUCUUGAGGAAAACUAAAACGCCGAUCCACUUCGAGGAAGUUUGAUCGCUACUUCGAAAUCGGUGGCAAUCGAUUGUUCGGAGACAAGAUCGAUCUCGCGGGAGUAUGACAGUCGCGAAUGGUUAAACUAGUCGUUCUUGUAAGUGACAACAGUCGCGAGAAUCAGUGUGAUCGUGCGAGAAAGAUCGGUUUUGGAUUCAUCGCAGAUGACUCGAACUUCCAGAAGAUCGUUGAGAGUCGACUGGUAGAUUUUUAGUGUGUGUGCGCGCUUGUGUUACGAUUUAAGUAAGAAGAGUGAAUGAGAAAACCGCGUGACCCUACUCGUUACUUCAAGAAACAUCUACGAGACCCUUAAUUUUCGAGAGAGGCGUCUUUUUAUAUAGUUUCGAUAUAUUCUUCCAAUCAAAGGCGUGCGUUGCUCAAAAAAUCCUCGCUGUUUAUGAAUUCGGAGGACUCGUAGAUCUCGAAUUUUUCAUUGUAAAAGGAUUCAGUACGGAAAAUAGCGGCGAAUAGUGCAAUAUUUUUUUAGAAGUGUCCUAAACUUGAUACUCAAACAAGGCUUCAAGCGCUACGGAUCUCAAUCUCGCAAGAAGGAUCUUUAAAGUAGGUGCAAGUAGCGUUUUAAUGAAAAGUGUUGAAGGACGUUUCUAUGAAGUGUUUAUCCUGCAAAGAGUGUUUAUCCAUUUAACACCUCGCUAGAAAAAGAUUCGUAAUAUCACGGAAGGGAUUUAUGAAUUAUGAAUCCGCGGGAGAGAAAGGCUUUCUCUCAUAGUAAAAUCUUGCUCGAUACUUCCGCGAGGAGCAAUAUGUCUCGAUCUUAUCGCUGUGUGUGUACAUAACUUUGAUUCGCCUAAAAACUUGUGUAUCGCAAUAAAAAGAAGAAUCAUGAUACUAGAAACAUGAUUUAUAGAUCCUGCAGCUACGAGCAAGCAAAAUUAUUGACAAUGGAAAGCCGAUACGAUGAAAACUUUACCGAAGUGUUUAGACUCUUCCAUUUUCUAUCUAUCUCGUGAUGUACCAGAAACAUCUUCGACGUUGGAAGAAUAAUUUGUCAACGUUAAGUUUUUCUUAAGUAAAAGAUCUCGAUCGAUUAAUACUUUGCUGAAAACUAGAGUUGUCUGUGAGGUUGAUUUCGUCAAAUUUAAAUAUGUGUGACACGUAAAGGAUCUGUCGUGAAACUUAUUGUUAGUGAACACACUUUUGUGAAGCAUUUAAAUCCUUUAACGCAUUUAGUUAACUUGCUCAAGAAAUUAUCGCCUGGUUAAGAACUAAUUACGGCUCUUACUUAAUCGAAUUAAGCUAGAAACAGCUCUCGAAUAGUUAAGUGACGUCAAGAAAACGUCACUGUAACAUUGGGAAUCAAGACAAGCGCUCCCCCCUUGCCGCGCUAUCGAGUCUGCGGACGAAUUGCGCUUCUGCUGGCGGGAGUUGGUCCUGCGAGUAUAGAAUUCGAGUGUGUAUGUGUGAUGACGAUGAGGAUCGCGCCGCGGGGACCAUCGAGGUGACUCGCGGUGGCGACGGCUCUUGGGGGACCGAGCGGCGGUACCGUGGCUCGCAGGAUGCUGCGGGCGAGGAGGUCGCGAGGAGGAAGAUCUCGCGGUGCAGAAUCGCUCGCAGUCGUCGAAUCGGCCACGGCCGGCUGGUAGGACCGAUGACGGGGCAUGACGGUCUAACGGCGCGCGUCGCCGGGACGCUCACGUCGCGCUCGCGGCCCCUACUGACGACCCUGACGACGCUGCUCGUCGCGCUGUCCUGCUGCUGCGCUCGCGCCAGUGAAUUCCCCGAGCGGGAAUGCUGCGACCUACCCUACCCGAUUCCGGAGCCCACCGGCAGGUCCACGUCCGCGCCGACGCCAACCGGAAGAAGCGGAUCUGGCAUCAAGGUGCCGAUGGCCAUUCUGAAUUGCCUCUACGCCCGCCAAUUGUGCUACGAGGAUCCGUCAUGCAGCGCCAUUUUGGAAAUUAUACCGAGAGUCUGCGGUCCGGAAUUAGUGGCGUGCUCGACGGUGACGGUGAAAAAGUGCCAGGCGGCUCUGCGCACCCUGCAGGCUUUCACUUUCUUCCGACCGACGUGCCUCUGCAGGGAACCGCAUGUCGAUCCGGACUGCAACAGCUUCCAGAACUUCCUGUUCGACCACCCGUGCGACUAUGUGGAAUGGAAAGACAAAGAUCCAUAUCCGAUAGACGCAUUACCGACGUGCAACCAUGCGCUUAAUCUCUGUCUACGUGGGAAACCUUGCAGUCAGAUCUUCAAGGAUUUCAAAACCAACUGCAAGAUUCAAGAAGGCCAGUGCAAAAUGGAGAAUCGGGAUGCUUGUCAUGAUUCCUGGACGCAACUGCGACUAUCGCCAAUGUUCGGCUGCAUAUGUCCGAAUAAUCAUAUUAAGCGGCGAUGCGACAAGAUCUUCUCGACGGUGAACCACAAUCCCUGCGUUGAGGUCCUGCCCUCCUCCACCUCCGUAGAUCUGUCGGGCACGGAUUCGGCCCUGUACCCGUUCGACCCGCAGCAGGAGAACUACCAGGAGAUCUGGUUGCCGCCGACCAGUAUGUACCCCUAUUUUCUGUUCCCCGGGACCGCGCGCACCCCACCGUACUACGAUCCCGACAGCACGUACGACAUACGGGAGCCCGGAGAUCGCUACUAUCAACACCACCACCGUCACGGCGAUCGACAUCAUCACCAGGAAGCGCCGGAGCUGCCCGGCCGGCCAGCCGUCCUCGUAGUCGAGGCGUACGACCCUCGGACCGAUUCGGACCGGUACGAGACCGAUAUGAAUCGGUUCGAGGAUCGCGCGGCGACCUCGCGUCCAGGCGUUGAUCAUCCGGAUCGGUCGACGGAUGGAUCUUCUUCUUCUUCUUCCUUCUCCUCCUCUUCUUCUUCUUCUUCCUCUUCUUCUUCUUCUUCGUCUUCUUCUUCUUCGUCGUCGUUGUCCAAGCAUGAUCGCGCCUCCGGCACAGUGCACCUGCAGCCCCAAAGCGAGCAUGACGCGCACCCGCACCAGCAUCGGCACCAUCACCACCAACAGCACCAGCACCAUCACCGUCAGCACCCCGCACUACCCGCACCGCCGUCCGUCGUCGCGACACUGUCGUCGUCGUCGGCGGGCUCGUAUGCGCCGGCGACUGCUCGUCCCACGCCUACCGUGUUGGACGAGCCGUUGGGGGCCCACGGGCCCGGCCAUGCCGAACUGCCCCGGCUGCCGGCCCCGAGGAAGUUUGCGCCCAGGCCCACCUACGAGCACCGCGCGAUCUUCGACCGCGCCGACGACGACCUCGAUGACCUCGAAAUCAGGCCAGCCGCGCCGCCCGUCGAUCGGUUCUUCGAUCUCCGCGAAGAGUUCGUCGACCAAGUGAAGGUCAUCGCCCAUCCGGAUAAUUCCACCAGCUUCGAGGUGAUUGAGUCGCAGCUGGAAAAUCCGCUGAUCGAUGCCAAGCAUCGCGAUCUGCUCAACAUGAAGCAGAUUCCCAUUCCGGAUGGCCAUCAUCAUCGCACACAUCACAAGAGGAACCAAACGGAUGAUUUCGAACAGAUGGGCGUGGAACCACCGUCCACGUCAGACAUCGACAAGAUCCAACAGCCGGUGAAACUGAUCCUGUCCAGCACGUGCCAUCACGCUUACACGUCCUGCAAAAACGAUCCAGAAUGCAAGAAUCUGCUGGAGCCCGUUCUGAGCCACUGCGACGCGACGACGUGCGCGAGGAACGAGUGCAUGGAAGCGCUGCAGCACUUCUACAAGACCGCCAAUCACAAGCAUUCCGUGGAAAUUGCCUUCUGCCUCUGCAGAAAAACGGACAGCAAAAAGGACGAGUGCAUAGUGGCGCAAGAGAAAAUGCAUCCAACUUGCGCGCAGCGCAUAGACGGCGCCGAAAUGCCAACGUGUCACAGUCUGGCUGAGAAUUGCAAAGAAAACAGGAGCUGCAGACUUAGGCUGGAGUAUUACGAGCAGAGUUGCGCGGUCGACAGCGUGACGAAGAAAUGUGCCGGGCCAACCUCCGAGUGCAGAAAAGCCAUGCUGGGCAUCCUGGGUACGGAACUUCAUACGAAUUGCGCUUGUAAAGGCACCGAGAUCAACCAGCUCUACGGCUGUCUGGGUUGGCAGCGACUUCUCUGGGUGAACCCUUGCGUAGUGGAGUCGCAGAAGGACUAUCACGCGCGCAAGAAGCACCAUCAUUCGCGUACGACGACGGCGAAGACAACGACAACGACGACGGCUUCGGCAGUCGCGUCGACGACGAGGUCGCCGGCGAGCACGACGGCGACCACCGCGGUGGUCGAACAAGUGGAAGAUAAUCAAAUACCGGAAGUGACAAGGUGGCCGACCACCGAACCCACGGAAACUUGGGAAAUCACGACCACCACCAUAAGCACCACUCCGAGCACCACCACGACCACCACGCCGACACCACGCUUCUGCGUGGUUCAAAGGCCGAGACACAGUCAGCAAUACAUAAGAGAAGGCAAGGGCAAAAGGCUUUAUCGCGAGGACGAGCCCGAAUGCUCGGAGCUCUGCCACUGUGGUGAAGGCGAGCAACUCGUUUGCAACACCAUCUGCGUCGAUUCGUCACCCUGUAAGACGGAUUUCGCUUUCUACAACCACGAAGCGCCGGCCUACCAGGCGCACCGAGGUCCUUGCCUUUGCUAUAGCGGCGGCUUUAUAUGCAUGCGGCCUUCACCCGACACAUAUAGUAUACCGCACGGGGUUUUCAUGUUCCUGGGGUACAGCGAGAAGGACGAAACCUUAUUGAAGCAGCACAACAAUGUGACCGUGCUGGACGCGGUGUCGUCUCUCGACAAUUUCAUGAGAGAGGAAGUCAAUAAUCAGACAGUAUGCACGCUCUUCUUGUACAACGCGACCCGAGAAAACGUGAUUGCAGUGGCACGACUCGGGACCGACAAUCCACCCUUAAAUAGCAGCCAGGCUCAAAGUCUGCAGCACCUGCUGCGCGUCAAGGAGGAGUGCGCGUCGAUGAUGCAAGAUCUCAGCGAUAAGAUCAACAACAAGCACCACGAGGUGCACACGCAUCCGCUGCUCUCGAUCUUCAAGAUGGCUGAGGUCGAAGUGAAGAUGCCGUACAGCAACGAGGCGGCGAUCUCCAGGUCGUCGUCGGCGCUCCUCGUUGUUCUGUUCGCGAUCAGCCUCUUCGGGUCGACGUGUCUCUUCGGCUCGUGACAGGGACAUCAGGACGUCGAGAAAAAUCUGUAUCGAGUGUCCCCCUCGCAGAGGAUCGCCACGUGUCGCGUGCGUGUAGUAGCAAUGGUCCCGACAACGGGACCACCCACUCGGACGAGAGAGGACUCGUGGCCUUGAAGGGCGCAGAUCAACGAAGGGAAGAAAUCCCCCCCGCCUUCCCCUCGAUUGCCGUGCGGAUCGGAGACAGAUCGCAGGGAUCAUCAAUCGGCGGAUUCGCACGGCGAUCCCCAAACACGUUCCCGCCGAUCGCGGAUCGCUCACCGCGCCGUUGAAGAUAUUAUUAAAUAUAUAUUGAUAUUUAAUGGUAUUUUUGUUACACUGUAACCUCGACAGAGCGUCCUCGAGCCUUGUCCUUAACUCUUCGACCGUCACAGCUCGUAUGACUCCGGAUUUAACGUCGAACAUGCGAUGAUUAUUGUAAUUAACAUUAAAUUAUUGUAACCAAAGUUAUUUUUCUUCCAAGAUGAAAUUCUUUAAAA